UCCGUCAAACACAUCCCUAAAAAACCCUUUAUCCCUUCCAAUUCAAAGAUAACAUAAAACCCUUUUCUUUCACUGAAAACCCAUUUUUCCCACAAAAAAUGGCGAUUUCUUCUGGAAUUUUCUUCUCCACCUCAUCCCCUCGAACGCUGUCGUUUUUCAAGCCAUCACCCACUUCUCUUCUCGUGGCGGUUCCUCCUCUUGGCGCUAACUUACGCACGUUGCGCACUGUCACCUACGCCGCCGUUUCUUCAUCUUCUUCCUCCUCUUCUUCACAGCAGCAGGAGCGCCGCCCCCGUGGUAUAAUGAAGCCUCGCCCUGUUUCUCCUGAAAUGGCAGAGCUUGUGGGUGCUUCUGAAAUUCCUCGUACUCAAGCUUUGAAGCGCAUUUGGGCUCAUAUCAAAGAGAAUAAUCUUCAGGAUCCGGAGAAUAAGAAGAUCGUAGUUUGUGAUGAGAAGUUGAAGAAGAUAUUUGGUGGUCGAGACAGUGUCGGGUUUCUUGAAAUUGCAGGCUUGAUUACUCCACACUUUCUUAAAUAAAUUGUAGGACAGAUUUGGAUCAAAUUUUGUGAAGUCAGAAGUGUGGCUAUCUUUUUGGGUGAAGACAAUAGCGAAAAGCAUGCAUGUUGUUUUCUGGAAUUAGUAGUAUUUUCCGAGUUUUCUUAGUGCUCGAGUACAGAUCCAGCUCUGCUAAGAAUUUCUUGAAUAUGUAGGUUUUCUAAUGAAGAUAUUGUUAGGAAUUGCAGCUUAUGCUAUGAACAUCUUUUGAUGUUAGUUUAAUUAUAAUAUACUAGUUUUAUGCCAA